AUUUGUGUCUAAAAUAGACCGUCUUACACAUAGUUUUGUCACCUUCGGUGCUUAUCCUUCCUUCGUACGGGGAUUUUCUCUUCCCCCGUUUGCAUUACUUUCUCUAGCGCCGCUCAACAGGGUGGGUUAUUUGCCACUAUUAAACCAGAACCAAAUACUCGUGGUGUGCGUGGGACGAUAAAGCACAUCAUACAUACUGCCUCAGAGACAUGUUACGACGUGCCAACAAUGAUAACCUGAAGAAACGAAGAGAGCCCUCGUCCGGCGAAAUGAACGGAAUUGCCUCCACAAUCAGCGAUGCACAUUCCUUCAGCCCUAGUGAAUGUGUAUCAAUCAAAAAACCCCACAUAGAGGCCACUGACAAUGAAGAGACAGACCGUGCGCAAAACAGCUACUCGUUGAGCCUUGCGAACAAUACGAAUUCGGAGCAAUGUGCCAAGUCCAAGUCGGAGUCUCUGGGAUGCUAUAAUUCUUGUCGUGAAAGCGAGAUGGUAUCGGAUGAUUCUGACGAGGAAAAAAAGCAGCUGCUUGGAUCUGUCAAUUCUAAAAAUACGUCCUCCUCUCCGUCGUUUUUGCGCGCAAGUUGUGGCGACGUAACUCCUAAUUCAAGGGCACGCAGCCGCCUAUGCUUAAGGACUGCUUCUCAAAAGCAGAUAAAAAGGCUUGUUUUGAAGUCACCUCUAAACCCUCCUACGAUUCCGCAUGACUUUCAGGAGCAGAUAUGGGCCAGGUUGAAGGCAGCCAUUCACGCGAUACACGCGCGUAGAAAGGUCGAGUACUCCCUCGAGGGGCUGUAUGCUGGCGUUGAGGACAUUUGCAGCCAGAAUCUCUCCGAGGAUCUCUAUAAUCACCUGAUUGAGGAGCUCGACGCUCACUUAAAGAGCGAGCAAAGCAGGCUGAUCUCAGAGACGGCCGGAUUGGACUCGGUUCAAUUCUUGCGCGUUAUCAACAAAACCUGGCAAGACCAUUGCGAACAGACGAUUUUAAUUAGAAGCAUUUUCUUGACGCUUGACCGUCGCUACGCUUGUGCCUCUACGACCAUUCAUCCAAUUUGGGAUGUCGGCCUUAGCUUGUUUCGCCAACACGUCAUCACGCUCGCUAACGUUCAACUGCACAUUCAACAGGGCCUGUUGGAAAUGAUCGAGCGCGAGCGAAACGCCGAGCUUGUCGACCGGUCCCUGCUGAAGAAUAUUAUAAGAAUGUACAUUUCUCUGGGUUUGUACAAAGAGUUCGAGGCGCCCUUUAUGGAGGCCACCGAGGUCUAUUACAAAGCUGAGUCCAUGCGCUACAUACAGGAGUUGGGGAUGGGUGAUUACCUGCUCAGAGUGGAGAGUCGCCUUGCGGAGGAGGCCGACCGGGUCAAGUUGUACUUGGACCCGCUUACUAGCGAUCCGUUGAUCGCGGUGGUUGAAACGACGAUGAUUACCGAAAAGCUGGACCACAUUCUGAACGAGGGGUUCGUGAAGCUGUUCAACGAGGACAGCAAGGACGACAUUACCAGGAUGUACGUCCUGUUGGGUCGAAUCAACGCCCACAAGCAAAUGCGUAUUACUUGGAACAAAUGUAUUAAGGAUUAUGGGUCCGCGCUCGUUCAAGAUACGGGCAAGGAUGACGUGUUGAUUGACGAGUUGCUGGCGUUCAAGGUCAAGUUGGAGUCGAUUCUGAAUACGUGUUUUGAGAAAAACAGCGACUUUGCAUACAGUUUGAAGGAGGCGUUUGAGUUUGCCAUCAAUUCCCGCCAGAAUGUGCCCUCAGAGCUGUUGGCGAAGUUUUUGGAUAAGAAGUUGAAGUCGACUAUGUCGGACUCCGAGCUCGAGGGGCUGCUGGCUGACGUGAUUCACCUGUUUCGAUACCUCAACAGCAAGGAUGUGUUUGAGGCAUUUGCGCGAAGGGAUCUUGCCAAGCGUUUGCUACUGCAGAAGAAUCUCCACACAGACGCUGAGAAAUCGCUGAUUAUGUCGUUGAAGUCCGAGUGCGGUGCACUGUUUACGUCCAAGAUGGAGGGCAUGUUGAAGGAUAUCGACCUUUCCAAGGAGUUGAGUCGGGAGUUUUCGCAGUACUUGGUGGAGCAAGACUUGCCGCCUUCGAUUUCCAAGAUAGACACCACCAUCAACAUUUUGACGACUGGUCACUGGCCGUCCUACAACCCGAUCCAGGUCAAUUUGCCUCCUGAAUUCACCCAACUCGAGCAGGCGUUCACGAGUUUUUACGAGAAGCGGUUUUCCGGGCGUUAUUUGAUUUGGCUGAACACGCAUUGCCACACGACGCUCAAGUCUAGGUUUUCGGGAGGGCAGCGAGAGCUUUCGGUCUCUCUGUUUCAGACCGUCAUCUGCUUGUUGUUCAACGACGUGGACGCGCUUUCUUACGAGAGCAUCAAGGCGAGCGUGGGGCUCGCCGACGAGGACGAGCUGAAGCGCACGUUGCUGUCUCUGUGCUUGGGCAAGCACAGGCUUUUGAUUCGCAAGCCCGCUUCGAGCGAGAAGUCUGGCGACGAGCGCGGUGAAAGGGUGGCGUCGAGGUCGUUGGAGCAGCUGAUGAGGGAGAUUAGGCCGUCCGACAUGUUCGUCUUCAACAAGAACUUCACGAGCAAAAUGAUCAGAAUCAAGAUAAAUCAGAUACAGUUAAAGGAAACAAAAGUUGAACAAGAGAAGACGCAAGAGGGCGUCAUUCAAAACAGACUUUAUCAAACGGACGCUGCCAUAGUGAGGAUUAUGAAGGCGAGGAAGACGCUGAGCCACAACCAGCUCAUUUCGGAGCUGGUGAGCGUGUUAAAAUUUCCCACUCAGGCACCGGACUUGAAGAAGAGGAUUGAAGUCUUAAUAGAACAGGAGUACAUAUCUCGGGACCCGCAAGAUCCGACGGUUUACAACUACGUUUCCUAGCGGUCGCGCGCCGGAUGCGCGCGUUUCUACUCUCAUUCCCGUGUAAAUAAACUGCAACAGUUGCUAGAUGAGCAGAGACGGAGGCGCACACGUUUCGGAAGAAGGUGAUGCGCAGUGCGAGGCGCGGGCGGGACAGAGCGCGCGGUGACACGGGGGCUCGGCCGCAUUGGGGCGCACUCUCGGGGGAGAGGCGUUCGGACGUGAGUGCCUUUCGGUGCUUUUCGGACGCGGAAGGAAGAGAGUGGAGGCCUCGCUCGCCGGUUGAGAGGACGGCGGCGAUGUGAGAAUAAAAGGGAAGGCGCGCUUUGCGACUCGAAGGGUGUCUCUCUUGGAGUGUUGUGGGGCGCUUCUCUCUGGGUCAGCUUCUCCUCGACAGCA